CGCAUGCUCCCCCCACCCCGGCGGAGUAACCUGGAGAUUUAAAAGCCUCCGACGGGCGCGCGGCGGGGGCGGAGGGGGCCGAGCUCGCACGCGCCGCCCCGGGGCCCGCCGCGCGCCGCGGCCAGGAUCUGAGUGAUGAGAUGUUUCCACUCCGGCGCCCCACGCCAGCAGGCGUCUAGCAUGGACUGAGAAGCUGCACCUGCACAGAGGGCUGGCAGACAUGGCUUCUUGGCUGAGUCCUAGGCAGUCGGCGGCAGCGAGGAGGAGAGGCCUGGGCAUCUGGGGCAGGGCUGAGAUGAAGCAGUUCUGGAGCGUGUGACCCGGCCAGAGCCCUACCUGCCUGGUCCACCAUGGUCCAGAGGCUGUGGGUGGGCCGCCUGCUGAGGCAUCGGAAAGCCCAGCUCCUGCUGGUCAACUUACUGACCUUUGGCCUGGAGGUGUGUCUGGCCGCAGGCAUCACCUACGUGCCACCCCUGCUGCUGGAAGUGGGCGUAGAGGAGAAGUUCAUGACCAUGGUGCUGGGCAUUGGUCCAGUGCUGGGCUUGGUCUCGGUCCCGCUUCUGGGCUCAGCCAGUGACCACUGGCGCGGGCGCUGUGGCCGCCGGAGACCCUUCAUCUGGGCCCUGUCCCUGGGUGUUCUCCUGGGCCUCUUCCUCAUCCCAAGGGCCAGCUGGCUGGCAGGACUGCUGUGCCCGGACGCCAGGCCCUUGGAGUUGGCCCUGCUGAUCCUGGGUGUGGGGCUGCUGGACUUCUGUGGCCAGGUGUGCUUCACUCCGCUGGAGGCCCUGCUCUCUGACCUCUUCCGGGACCCGGACCACUGUCGCCAGGCUUUCUCCGUCUACGCUUUCAUGAUCAGCCUCGGGGGAUGCCUGGGCUACCUCCUGCCCGCCAUUGACUGGGACACCAGCGCCCUGGCCCCCUACCUGGGCACCCAGGAGGAGUGCCUCUUUGGCCUGCUCGCUCUCAUCUUCCUCACUUGUGUGGCAGCCACGCUGUUUGUGGCCGAGGAGGCAGCGCAGGGCCCGGCUGAGCCAGCGGAUGGGCUCUUGGUCCCCUCCAUCCCACCACAUCUCUGCCUGUGCCGCACCCGGCUGGCUCUCCAGAACCUGGGUGCGCUGUUUCCCCAGCUGCACCACAUCUGCUGUCGCGUGCCUCACACCCUGCGCCGACUCUUCGUGGCCGAGCUGUGCAGCUGGAUGGCAUUCAUGACCUUCACGCUGUUUUACACGGACUUCGUGGGCGAGGGGCUGUACAAGGGUGUGCCCAGGGCUGAGCCAGGCACCGAGGCCCGGAAACACUACGAUGAAGGGGUCCGGAUGGGCAGCCUGGGGCUGUUCCUGCAGUGUGCCAUCUCCCUGCUCUUCUCGCUGGGCAUGGACCGCCUGGUGCAGCACUUUGGCACCCGGGCAGUCUAUCUGGCCAGUGUGGUGGCCUUCCCUGUGGCUGCCGGUGCCACGUGCCUGUCCCACAGCAUGGCUGUGGUGACCGCUUCGGCUGCCCUCACGGGGUUCACCUUCUCCGCCCUGCAGAUCCUGCCCUACACACUCACCUCGCUCUACCACCGGGAGAAGCAGCCUGACGCACCUGACACCACUUGCCUGGGCACUGUGUUUUCCUGCCCAAAUACCGAGGAGACGCUGGAGGUGGUGCCAGUGAGGAUGGCCUGAUGACUGGCUUCCCAGCGGGCCCCAAGGCUGGGUCUCCUUUCCCCAGCGGGCUUGCGGGUGCUGGAAGCAGCAGCCUGCUCGCGACUCCGCCUGUACUCUGCGGGGCCUCUGCCAGCGAUGUGUCCAUGCGUGUGGC